AUGCCACUCCCCCUCCUCCUCCCCGCCGCAGCCGCCGCAGGCACGCUCGCCGCCACCGCCUACCUGGACGCGCGCCUAGGGCUGGGCUACGACAUCUCGCUCCUGCGGUCCUACGGCCACGCCGCCUACGCCGCCAUCAGCGCUGAGCGACGCGGCCGCCUCUCGCCCUUCUACGAGCUCGAAGCCCUCGCGCAAUCGCCCAAGACGGCCGACGACGUAUUCUUGCUGCUUCCGAGCUACCACCACAACCCUUCCCACCCUUCGACGACCACGACCGCAGCCGCACCCGCUGCUGACCAACAAAACACCACUACCACCAGCAACAAUGGCGACAUCACCCUCACACGCUGGACCUACCGCCAACUCCACACCGCAGCCCAGCGGCACGCGGCGUACCUGCGGCGCGCGCACGGCGUGCGGCCGGGGGAGGUGGUGGCGCUGGACAUGGCCAACGGGGCGCGCUUCGUGAUCGCGUGGUUCGCCGUGUGGGCGCUGGGCGCGGUGCCGGCCUUCAUCAACUGCCACCUGCGCGGCGCGGCGCUGCUGCACUGCGUGGGCGUGUCGACGGCGCGGUUGGUGCUAGUAGAAGAAGAGGAGCUGGUGGGCGCAGGAAAGUACGCGGUCGGUGGGGAGGUGGCGGCGGCGUUGGCGAAGGGGGAGUUUGUUGGCGAGGGGCAGGUGAGGAGGGUGGUUGAGGUGGUGGGGUUGGGAGGGAGGUUGGAUGAGGUGUUGGAGAGGGAGGAAGGCGGUACGACGGGCUUGCCGAAGCCGGCGGUCGUGAGCUGGGAUGUGCUGUAUACGUGCAUGCCCCUCUACCACACCUCCGCCUCCAUGCUCGCCCUCCUCUCAACCCUCUUCUCCCAAACCACCCUCGCCCUGGGCCGGCGCUUCUCCGCCACCCGCAUCCUCCACGAACUGCACGCCACGCGCGCCACGCACCUCCAAUACGUCGGCGAAACGCUGCGCUACCUCCUCUCCACCCCCGCCAACCCUGCCCUCGACUCCACGCACCGCGUGCACACCAUCUUCGGCAACGGCCUGCGGCCCGACGUGUGGCAGCGCUUCGUCACGCGCUUCAACAUCCGCACCGUCGCCGAGUUCUACGCCGCGACAGAGGGCCCCGGCGGCAUGUGGAACAAGUCGUGUAACGGCUUCUCGGCGGGCGCCGUGGGCCGCAACGGCUGGCUGUCCGAGGCCCUCAUCUGGGGCCGCUUCCAGGCCUGCGUCGCCGUCGACGCCGCCACCGGCGCCGCGUACCGCGACCCGCGCGACGGUCGAUGCGUGCGCGUGCCGGCGGGUACCGCUGGCGAGUUGCUGUACAAGCUCGACCCGGACGACGUGUGCCGCCGCUUUCAGGGCUACUUCAAUGAUGAGGGGGCGACGAAUAAGAAGGUGCUGCGCGAUGUUUUCGAGCCCGGUGACGCCUGGUUCGCGACGGGCGAUGUGCUGAGGCGAUGUGAAAAGGGCCGCUGCUGGUGGUUUGUGGAUCGCCUGGGCGAUACUUUCCGCUGGAAGAGCGAGAACGUCGCUGUUUAUGGCGUGUUGGUGCCUGGUCAGGAUGGGCGUGCGGGUUGCGCCGCGGUGGUGCUUAGAGAGGGCGGUAGUAGUGACGAGAGAACACAACUAUCCAGGGUGACGUCGGCGUUGGCGGUGACGGGUACGAACAAGCCACAAAAGCAUCUGUUGCAGAAGGAUGGCAUCGACCCGGAAGUCGUGGAAGUUAAAGGAGACCGGAUAUACUGGCUCAGAGACGGGAAGUACGAAAGAUUUGGAAAGAAAGAGUAUGAAAGAUUACAGGGUGGAGGUGUGAAGUUGUGA